GACCAAACAGCUGCUCUUUGUCCUUUCCUCUAUCUCACUCUCUCAUUCAGUCUUUCAUCCUCAGUCCAGUCGUUCACUUCAGCCAUGGAGCCCAACAGCCCUAAGAAGAUCCAGUUUGCUGUACCACUGUUUCAGAGCCAUCUGGACCCUCAGGCAGCAGAACACAUACGUAAAAGAAGACCAACUCCAGCGACCCUCGUCAUCUAUAAUGACCCUAAUGCAUCAGACGACAGACAGUCAUCAAGCAGUCAGGGAGAGAACCCAGUAUCUCCAGCACAGAGGAAGACCAGCGUCUACACACCACCCACCAUGAGAGAACUGCAGUUGGUGGUGGAGCAGCACUUUCAGAGACAGGAACAGACAGAUGCUGUGCACUGUGACAGCCCAGACACGCCCAGUCCAGUCACAUCACAGCAUCACCACGAUGACAUGGCUCAGUGGACCAAUCACAGCCGUUCAGAGUCUUUUGUCAGUAGUGAUGGACAGGCAGGGAGCAGUGAGGAGGGGGGUAAAGAUCACUCCAGCACACAGAGGUCCAGUCAGGAGGACAGUCCUAACACAUCAAAACUCUCCCACUCCCACCUGGACACACUGUCUGAGGAGACCACCGACAAAGACUCACUGGAUCAGAUGAUCAAAACAAGAGUGAAGAUAAAUAGUCAGAUGGAGGAGGAGGAGGAGGAGGAGGAGGAGAACUUCUGUGAGGAUGGAGAAACACAGAAGAAGUAAAACUAAUCUUUCUGAUGCCAAAAAACAGUGCCUGUCUUACAACUCCUCACAGGGUGUAAUAAGUUUUAAAAUUUGCUAUGAUGUAUAUUAACUCUUAGAUUUCUUUUUAUUUUCCAUCUUGACGUUUUAGUAUUUUUCUCUUUUUAAGAUUUUAAAUUGGGGAACUUGAUGCUACAUCAAAACAGUAGAGUUAUAAUGUAGAAAGGCUAAUAUAAAAACAGUACCUUAGAUGCUAGAUGCUGUAUUUUAUCUGUAUUGCUCUUACCUUUUUUAACACCAUCUACACGUCAGACAGCUGUACAGCAAUUAAGCGACUGUAAAAGUGAAGUAAUGUUAUAUUUUGUGUAACAAAGUUUGCUGAGACAUAAAUGUUAAUAAUCCCACAAAUAUUUUACAUUUUAAGCAAUUUGGGUUAAAAUAGAUAAAAAUACUAAUUAGGCCAGUAAAUUAUGCUAACCCACUACCACUGACACCCGGGGUUCAAAUUCUCACCGGUUUUACAGACCUGACUGGCUAUGUUUGGGUUAAUGGUUUGCCGUCCUGUCCAAGUCUGUCUGUUAUUGCAUCUGACCCAGUGAUUUCAGAAAAAUCCGAGCCAACACGACCCAGACCAGGAUAAAUCAGUGAUAAAACAUGAAAAUGAAAAUAAAAUGAAUGAAUAAAUAUUUAAAUAGAA